CGGAGACUGUUGAGUCACAAUUUUCACUUUCAGUCUCUCCCACAAUUGAUCACUCACUUUGAUUUAAUCCGGAAAUCUCUGCUUGUAAUGUGUUCAUCCUUAAUAUGACUUAAAUUGACAUGCUUAUCUCGGCUCACAACAGAAGCAGUUUAGUUUCCAUCUUGUUGUUGACAGUUUAACCGACGGAGAUGUGGCCGCCUGUGUUCUCCAUGAUUGUGGCCGGUGUGCUCUGCGUGUUCCCGGCUGUCGUCUCCGUAGACUCAGAGAUCAAAGUCUACAAGCAGGUGGGCGAUGAAGUUGACUUCAAACCGGGCUGCCCCUCCGAGACCAUCACGGGGAUAUUGUGGAAAAAAGGGGUUGACUUCGCCAUCGAAUGGGAUGGAAAGGGUAUUGACUCGUAUCGUCAUUUCAAAGAGCGUGGUGCCCUGAACAAUGCAACUGGAGAGAUGACGCUCAGAGGACUGACUCUUAAUGACAGUGGAUUAUACACAGCAGAAAUUAACGAAUUGCCCUGCAAGUAUCCAACACGUCUCAUAGUCAUCCUUCCCGUUCCUAAACCCACUGUUAGUAAAACAUGUGACGAAGAGAUGACCAAGUGUACGUUGACCUGCAAUGCAAUCAUCACCAACGCUGAGCCGGUCGAAUAUGUAUGGAAUACAGAUCAUUCUGUUACAACUCCUGUGCUAAACAUUACAAAGGACGAAAGUUCAAGCACGUUUGAAUGUUGGCUGAACAACCCGGUCAGUCAACAGCACAGCGAACCGUUUUCAAACCCUUUCACUCGAAAGCUGAACAUGUCCGCAGGACUCACAGUCCUCAUCGUUCUGCUGGUAGCUGUGAUCCUGACCGCUAUCAUUCAUAGAAUUAAAGCAGGGAUGUGGUUCUUUGAAAAAGCAUCCAUGCCAUGGGAAGCAGACUUCUGGAGGAAGCCACAAACAGAUGCUGCUGAAUCUAAUGGCACCGCUGCUCAAGAGGGACUAACAGAAGAGACACCGAUGAAACCAAACGCCGGGCAUGAAGAGGAAAUGUAGAUAUAUGUAUUUACAGUACAUAUAUUAUUGAACAAUGUGUAAUAGUGGUGGCAGCUACAUGCCUCAAAUCAUAAUGAAGCAGAAAAGUGAGGGAAAUGUUUUUUAUAAUUAAUAAUAUAAUUCUUUUUUUUAUAAAUAUAUAUUUUAGACACAAAACUGACAAAAGUGGAUACAAAGGUCCACUUUAUUAGUCUAAAAUACUUUUUUAAGACCAGUAAAAACCAUUUUAAAGACAGAGUUUGAUUGAGUCCAUUUCUGUCAAUACUGUCAGCUUUUUGUCGUUAGGAUACGUUUUUAAAUAAAGACGGUUUUUAAAUAUACCACUUUUAUGUUCAAAAACAGUUUCUCCAAUGCAGUUGCCAUAAACACAAAAUAAGCGUAUUUCUCUGAUAACAACCUCUGCUGAUAAAACCUUCCAUUAGGAUCACGUUUAUAAUUAAAAACAACCAAGACGUAUUAUAAAAAUGUCUUUCAAAUGGGAUAAAAGGGGAACUUUCUGGCUAGACGACCACAAUGCUGACUCAAAGGGAAAAAGGAUAGGUGCCAAAAUAUUUAACAUUUAGCAUUUAAAAGCAGAAAUGUUACUUUUAAAAUACUUGGAAGGGAAGUAUUGAAGUUACUGCUGAACACUACAGUUGCAGUGCAGAAAUAAAUAGUAGGAGAGAUUUGGGAUGUUCCUAUGAGGCACCGAGGGGCCUCGAAGCUUAGACAAUGCCAGGAAACCUUUGCAAAGCUCCCUUUCCUGAGAUAAGACAUCAUACCUGACACCGACGAGUACCUCGAGCUUUCUGGAGCAGCCUCACAGUGUUGGAGAGGAGAGUGUGUGUCUGGGGAGGAAGUGCACUGAUAUCAGAGGGGGAAGGAGACGCCAUUGUGUCCAACAAGCAAAGCAUUGUACUGUAAUGCAGCGAAUACUACGAGAGGCGUACAAAGACAUUUCAAGUCAGAUAUUUUUUGUGGGGUUUCAUUAAUGGUUAUUAUCAUUUACCAGAUUGUUUUCUCUGCUUUUAUUUUGGAAUUGGUUGAAAUGUGUGGUUUGUCUGUGGAUGCAAUAGAUGUGAGUUACUAAACGUUUGAAGACUUUUUUUUUCACGUUACACCCUUUUAGCUUAGUAUUUAUUGUAGAUUUAUACAAUGUAGAUGUUUGCUUGAAGGGAUUUUGUAUGGGCUGUGUGUGUAAUAAAACUAUAAGAAAAUAAUCCUGAAAUGGACCUUAUUAUUUUAUAACUAUU